AUGGCAGACAAAGUUAGAUACUAUUUGGAACAGUCAGUUCCUGAACUUGAAGACUUAAAAGUCAAGGGUCUAUUUGACAAGAAUGAGAUCACCAUGAUCAUGAGAAGAAGAACAGAUUUCGAACAUCGGAUUUCUGGACGUGGAAGCAGACCCAGAGACUUUAUCAAAUAUAGCGAGUUUGAGCAAAAUCUCGAAAGAUUGAGGAAGAAAAGAUAUAACAGAUUGAAUAAAGUUGGAUUGGUUGAUACGAAGCCCAGCAUUAGUGAUUGGGCCGGUGUGCGCCGUGUAAUGUUCAUUUACGAUAGAGCUACAAAGAGAUUCCCGGGAGACGAUGACCUUUGGGGGCAAUAUUUGAAAUUUGCCAAGACGAAUGGAGCUAUUAAAGCAGUCUAUAAGAUAUAUACAAGGUUGUUGCAGCUUCAACCACGUAACAUCGAGGCUUGGUUAUCAGCUGCCAAGUAUGAGUUUGAAACAAAUGGAAAUGCAAAAGGAACAAGGCUUUUAUUUCAACAAGCAUUGAGAUUAAACCCCGAGUCCUUAGUAUUGUGGUUGAACUAUGCGCAAUUUGAAUUGACAUACAUCUCAAAAUUGUUGGCGAGGAGAAAGCUUUUGGGUCUCAUGACGGAACAACAGCAGAAAGAAGACGAGGAGAAACAAAAUAAAGAUAAGGAGAGCGAUGAUAUGAUAGAGUUGAAAGGCGAAACAUUAAAGAAUUUGCCAGAAGCCGACAUGAACAUGUUGGGAAACCCAGAGACCAAUCCUGCUUUGAAGGGAGACGUCAUGUUGGCCAUUUUUGACUCGUGUAUGGACAGAUUUGAAUCAUUUGAAGUUGUGGAUAAAAUGUUGGAAAUUGUAGACAAGUUUGAUUUGAACAGGGAUUACUUGUAUCAGCACAUCCUUUAUUACAUCCAGCAAAAGUUUCCAAACGAUGCCAGAACCGCGUUCAUUGAUGUAACUUUACCAAUGAGAACAUCCACCGAUCCGCAAGAUCUUCAGUUAUCAGUAAACAAAUUUAUGGCUUACAAGCAAAAGCACAAUGAUCCGGUUUUGACGAAAUUGUUCACUAAUUAUAUAGAAGAGAAAUUUGAAAACCAGCUGGAAAAGGUAACUCAGUUGGUUGAUGCUAUUGUCAAAAAGUGUCGAGCUUGA